AUGAGCGACAGCGAAGCAAGCAAUUCUCCCAAACAGAGCACUUCCGCCCGUGAGAGGGCUCAAUGGAUGACCAAGGGAGCCCUGGUCCGCGACGAUUCCGACGACGAGCUGGGGGUCGAGGAUCUCCCGUGGGAAUGGAUCUACGAUGAAAAUGAACCAAAGGAGGAAGAAGUAAAAGAUGGCAGUCCACAAAAGCGAGGUCGGAGACGUUCAUCACGACCUGGUCCCCAGCGCCGGAAGAUUCUUGCGGCGCGGAUGGGUCGAUUCGAAUGCAAAGUCGGCGAAGUGAUCCUCUUGAAGUCUCCGGAGGCCGGAAAAGACUGGGUGGGCGUCAUCACGGAGUUUGUGGAAGAGGAGGAUGACGAGGAAGAGGAUGAGACGGUCAAGUCCGCCAAUAUUAUGUGGUUCGCUUCACCCGACGAAUUCAUGGGAACCCGAAACAAGCGCCGCACCGAUGCGUUGCCCAACGAGCAGUACAUCACUCUCGAUUUCAAUACCAACCCCUUGACAUCCAUCAGCGGGAAAGGUACCGUUAUGUCACAGAAUGCCUUCUACAGAAGAUACCCGAACGGCCCUCCAAAGGAUAAAAGCGAAUUGGCGGAAUACAACAAGUGCAUUGUCUGUCGGCGAGGCGUGAACCAAGUUCAGGGACGGUACACAGAUGAGUUCUUGUGGGAAGAGGUAUACAAACAAGAUAGCAUCCAUGGCCUGAUCGAUCUGGUCAAGGAGGGCUUGAAGGGUUCAAGGAAACGCAGGGCUGCAGACGAUGAGUAUGUCGACAACAAGGAGCCUGCUGCUCCCAGCACCCCAAGAAAGAGGCAACGACUGGCAACAGGGAAUGCGACGCCGCAGUCACAGCGCAAAAAGGCCCUCACUACCCCAACCCACAAACGAAUCGUGGUGAAGAAACCACUCGAGUUUACACCAUUGGGUACACGAGUCCUCUCGCCUACACACUUUGCAUCCCCAUAUCGUCAAGCCCGCAACCUGCUUCAUGUCUCAACCGUUCCAGACUCGUUGCCGUGCCGAAAAACCGAGUUCAACACUGUAUACAACCAUCUCAGCGCUGCUAUUAUGGAGGGCACCGGUGCUUGUAUCUAUAUCUCGGGUACUCCAGGCACAGGAAAGACAGCAACAGUGCGCGAAGUAGUUGCGCAGCUGAAUGGCGCCGUCAUGGAAGAAGAGAUGGACGAUUUCAUCUUUGUUGAGAUCAACGGCAUGAAAGUCACAGAUCCGCACCAGUCAUACUCGCUACUGUGGGAAGCCCUGAAGGGUGAUCGAGUAUCUCCUUCACAUGCACUUGAUCUGCUUGAACGAGAAUUCUCGGCCCCUUCUCCCCGUCGGGUAUCUUGUGUGGUGCUUAUGGACGAGUUGGAUCAACUUGUUACAAAGAACCAGUCCGUCAUGUACAACUUCUUCAAUUGGCCUGCUCUCCGCCACUCCCGUUUAAUUGUGUUGGCUGUCGCAAACACCAUGGAUCUCCCCGAGAGAACUCUCAGCAACAAGAUCUCCAGUCGUCUCGGUCUAACCCGUAUCACUUUCCCUGGGUACAGACACACAGAUCUUAUGGAGAUCAUCAGCACCCGUCUCGCGAACGUCCCCGGCAACAUCGUCGACCCAGACGCCGUCCAAUUCGCAAGUCGAAAAGUAGCAGCCGUCAGCGGUGACGCUCGCAGAGCUCUAGACAUCUGCCGUCGCGCCGUCGAAAUCGCCGAACAAGCAGCUGAAGCAGCCGCGGCAGAGGACGCACAAAAAGACGAGACAGAAUCAUUGCCUCCGACACCAAGCAAAACUCCCGCCCGACGCAACAAGGCAUUAGCAGCAGUAGCCGCCAACGAUCUACCAACCCCCAAAGCCGGACCAGCAAAAGGUCAACCUGGUCGAGUAACAAUCGCCACAAUCAAGCAAGCCAUCCACGAAGCGACAUCCACCCCCCUCCAACAAUCCCUCCGCUGUCUCCCUCUAUCAGGCAAGCUUUUCCUCGCUGCCCUCUUAGCGCGGGUGUCCCGAACAGGAGUCUCGGAAUCGACCUUUGGCGACAUUCUAGACGAAGCGCGCCGUAUCGCCGACGCAGCUGUUGCCGUUGCUGGUGCCGCCGGUGCUGGCGUCAAGGAUUUCCUGUUAGGUGGUGGUCCCAGCGCUCGAGUGCGUUCUAUGGGAUAUGCGGCUAUGGAGCUAAUGAACUCUGGCAUCCUUGCGCUGGAGCAAGGCACUGGGUCCAGGAGUGUGCUCGGUGGAACUACUAUUCCAACUCGGGGUGACCGUAGCAGCAAAGUUCGGCUUAGAGUCGCAGCGGAGGAUGUUAGGUCUGCAUUCCGCGAGGAUGUCGAGGCUAAAGGCUUUGGGUUGGGGACUGAGCUGUGA